AUGACACACGUUAGUUUAGACAUAGAUAAAAUUGACUGGGAGCCAUUUUUGAGUGCUCAAGACGGAGGAGGAAGAUUACUUGAAGAUAAUCGUUAUUUCCAAGGAACUAGGUAUCAAAGAGGAUUUGGUGUACUUGGGGCUGUAGGGCGUUUUUUAAUGCCUAUUGUUAAAAAUAUAGCCACAACUGCGGGAAAUGAGGCUGUAAAUGUAGGAAAAAAUAUUCUCGAAGAUGUUUCACAAGGUCGCUCAGUAAGUGAAGCAUUGAAACAGCAUGGAAGCGAAGGUCUUCAAAAAGUAGGAAAAAAACUAGAACAAUGUGGGAAAGGCAAAAGAAGCCGAAAGAAAUAA